AUUUGCGGCAGCUACAGCGGCGCGAGGCCGCAGCCAGGGACCGCGCCGCACCGGCGACGCGACCCUUGGUUCGCCAGCCGGCGGCAGCCGGCGAAAACUGCGCGCUGCCCGGGUUCCGAGACCCUCUCCAGGCUGUGCCAAGUGAGCAAACGCGGAGCCCUCCCGUCGUCGAGCGAAGAAGAGCGCCCGUGCCAGAGAACGAACCAAGGCAUGGCCCUGUCGACGCCCGAGUCCGACGUCGAGCUCGCGCGGCGGCAGCGCGAGGGCGUCUUCACGCCGCCGCCGCACUGGAAGCCCCGCCAGGAGGAGGUCGACCUGAAGAAGGACUACGCGUUCAAGCGGGCGCAGCGCGAGGGCGGCGUCUUCGAUCCCGUCGAGGUGACGGGCGCCGCAGAGCAGGAACCUGCUUUAACGCGGGACCUGAACCCCUUCACGGAGACGGGCGCGGCGCUGCGGCGCGCGCGCCUGCGGAAGAAGUGGGCGCAGAUCGAGGAAAUCCGCCGCGACGAGCCCGUGAUCUACGGCCCGGUCGCGGGCCAGCAGAACCCGGUCCUCGCGAUCAAGGCUGAGGAGGAAGCGGCACCGGAGGAGCCGGAGGAGACGACGGAGUGGUCCGUCGACGACCCCGGUCAAACGUCUCCGCUGCGGGCCGUGCGGGAGGAGUGGCCGGAGGACGCCUAG